AGCUAUUAAAUUUUCGGCGUGCCGAAGGUAUUCUUACUUUCUCUUAUUUCUUUGAGCUCUUGACCCACAGCUUAUUGCUUAUCAGUUACUUAGCUACUAGAGAGCUUUCAAUUAAUCCACAUAUUUCAGUCAAUUGUCGUGCGUGUUGAUUGUCGGUUCCACAUUCGCAGUUUAAACAAAAUGAAAUCUGUUUUGUUUCCAUAUGUGCUAUACUUAAGCCUAAUGCUCAUCCUAGCUGAAACACAGGCCAAUGAAAGUGAGGUAUUUAUUUGAAGUUUACGUGAAGUGCGGUAAAUAAUCGUGUUUUUCUUAGUCUUGUAAGGCAACCAGAAUAGCAGAGGAGCAGUGCGGAAAGUACAUCUAUAAGGCUGUGAGACCUUUGUUAAAGUAUAUUCAUCAGAUGAAGGAGGAAAAUCAAAACAAUAACAAUAAGGUUGAAGGCAAAGACAGGGAAAUCAAGCAACUGCAGGAAAAGCUGAACCAACGUAAUGAAGUUCUUAUCGCGGAACAGAAAGAUCAGAUUGAUUUCUACAAACAGAGUAUCCAAGAGCUAACGAACAACGUUUUAUCAAUAAAAGAGCAAAUGAGUAAACCCAAUUCCAAUGCCUUGAAAAUCCAGAACUAUGAAGAGCAGCUGGAGAAACAAAAGAAGUCAAUUGAUCAACAUUGCCCAACAAAUAUACGAACUCAAAAACGAAAUCCACAUUUGUGCCAAGAAACUAAAAAGCUGCGAAGAGAAGCCCAUUUACAGUGACUGCAACGACUUUUCUGAUGCUCCGGGUAUUCAUAAGAUUAACCCGGAUCCGUUCGAUGUACUUUGUGAUAGUGCGACAGCAGGUCCUGGCUGGACGGUUAUCCAGCAGCGAAUCAACGGUAAGGAGGAUUUCUACAGGAAUUGGACCUCUUACCGAGAAGGCUUUGAAGCCUUUCACGGUGAUUUUUUCUUAGGACUUGAAAAGAUUCAUCGCUUGACGCGCGCCCAGCCUCAUGAGCUCUACAUACAUAUGGAAGGAUUUGUUGGUGACAUCAAAUACAGAGGAUACGAUCAAUUUGCCAUUUCUGGCGAGAAGGACCAAUACACCUUGAUCACCUUGGGCAAAUCUGAGGGCAGUGCAACUGAUGAUAACUUGGAAUACCACAAAGAUAGGAAAUUCACCACAUACGAUCGUGACAAUGACAAUUUGAAUUCUUUCAACUGCGCAAGCCGAGACAAUAAUGGUGGUGGUUGGUGGUACGGUGCUUGUACAGACAGGUACUGAUCGCCACAGCUUUGUCAAAACAAUUUAAAUGCAAUUAAUUUUAAUAUUGAUUUUCUUUUAGCAAUUUAAAUGGCAAAUACUAUGAUCAUGAGGUGUCCAGAGACGAUGCCAUAUAUUGGGGAUGGGGCCCCAUCUCCUUGAAGACAGUCAAAAUGCUUAUACGCCCCAAAAGCAACGGAAAAUGAAAUUAAACACAAAUAUGUACAGCAUUUAUUGUAGAAGAGCUUAAAUUGUCUUAAAAUGUAUUUAUAAAUAAAUGCAGAUGCUGUAAUCGCAACUAAAAUCCACAAAAGACAGGAACACAAAUAUUAAAUUCGACGCAUAUCAAAAAAAAUCAAAUGAAAUAGAAUUCGAUAUUAUAACAAAUUUCUUUUAUUUACUUCCAUAUAAAGUUGGAUGCAAAUAAAAUCUAUGGAGUCCUUGAAGUUGCCUCUUGCCGAUCUUGCCGUCAUACUCGAACACCAAGUUGGGUUCAGAAGAGGACACGGACACGGACACGGACACGGACACGGACAUGGACACGGAACUAUUGAGCAUUGAGCAGUGCAGUGCCAUCGAAUUGUAACCCGCUGCUGAAGGUUUACAAGUACGAUCCGUACGAGAAGAAGAAGAAGUUCACCAUGGAGCAUUAUGAUCACGCAUUACUAGGCACUUGGUCGACAGGGCAGCGCUCGUGUGCAUUGCGACCACCACCUGGUCGCUGCUGUCUGAGAUCUUUCCACAGAUUGCCUUCGUGCAGAUUGCCUGUCCUCGUCUGUCCAUUGAUUGGGGCUCAGCCUUUGAGCAGCCACUGCUGAAUCCCUAUGAGCUAUCCGUGGUGCUGGGCGACAUUGAGUCACAUGGACGCCAAAUAAUGCCUCGCCAAGCAAUAUGGCUUAUCCCAUGGACUUCUAUGCCAGCGGCAGCCUAACUUUAAGCCAUCAGCGCUGGGUGAAUGCGAGAACCGGCCCUCGGCAGACUGUUGUUGGAGAAGGGCGAAACCGGCAAGGCGGCAUAUGGCAACAUUAGCCGACACAUGUACUUGAUUUCAAGAAGGGCUACAAGAUAAUACAAUUUUCAGUUUGAGCACACCUGAAGCUCUCCUCAUUUCUAUCUAGGUGAUUUAGUUUAUGUGCCCGCCCAGCCCAAAUGUAAUAUGGUAUACCUACUAAUUUAAGUUAGUACAAAUUUGAUUUCUAGCUUAUAUAGCGCUAUGUAUAAUACAUAAUCGCAACUUUUGUGUUCAUCCAUCUUCCUUUUGAUAACGUGACAGCAUUCAUAAAAUAUUCUAGUUUUUAGUUACAUUUACAGAAACAAAUAUAACAAACAAAUGUUUAUAACGCAA